AUGCCUGUUGCAAAGGAUCUCCUUCAUCCUUCUCCAGAAGAGAAGAAGAGGAAACACAAGAAGCAGCACCUGGUGCAGAGCCCCAAUUCCUAUUCCAUGGAUGUGAAAUUCCCAGGAUGCUAUAAAAUUACCACCGUCUUUAGCCAUGCACAAACAGUAGUUUUGUGUGUUGGUUGCUCUAGUGUCCUCUGCCAGCCUACAGGAGGAAAAGCAAGGCUUACAGAAGGAUGUUCCUUCAGACGGAAGCAGCACUAAAAGCACCCUGAAUCAAGAUGAAUGGGAAACCAUCCGAAUAAAUACAUUUUGGAAAGAAAGAAAGAAAGGAAAGAAAGGAAAGAAAGGAAAGAAAGAAAGAAAGGAAAGAAAGGAAGAAAGGAAGAAAGGAAGAAAGGAAGAAAGGAAGAAAGAAAGAAAGAAAGAAAGAAAGAAAGAAAGAAAGAAAGAAAGAAAGAAAGAAAGAAAGAAAGAAAGA